CCCGGGCAAGAGUCGCCAAGGGGGCUCCGCCUCCGGCCUUAAAUUGAGCGCCAACACCCCCGCUCAGCCAAGAGCCGCGCUCCAGCCCAGCGCUGAACUCCAAAGUUACACUUCUAGGAGGAGCAAGGCGUAUAAAUACUGCGUCUAGUCAUUUCAUCCAAUAGCCUGGAAAGCUUUCUGAGCCGUGGCACAGAAAUACAGUAGUUGUGCUUUAUCGCUUAUGUUAAAGUGCAUCGGCUCCUGUGGGAAGCUGUGAUCUUUUCCUCUGAGUGCCAGGAUAACCCAGAACUUCGUCAAAAGUUCACAAAGUCUGAUGCAGGCAAGAGGCAUGAAAAUGAGAGUUCAGUAUGGUGUCCCAGAGACAGGAUGGGGCACUUGGGCAGAAUGGUGGUCACUUGUCUAUCCUGGCGUGGUUCCCUGCUCCUCAUCCAGUACCCUUACUCGUACUUGUGCAUCUUAACCUAAGAAGUAUUGUAAAAAUUGAGCAGGUGAGGAGAUUGAAAAUAUUUUUCCUGAGGAAGAGGAGGACCUGCUGGCUGGUAAAGGCUGUCUGCUUGGACUAACUGGUGGAAGUUUUGAAAGUCAGAGGGCUCCAAAGGGUGGGAGGACUCCCCCGAGGCUGCUGACCUUCCUAGCCUCUGAAGAUGACUGGGAAUGUCGAGAGUUAAAGGUUCAUCUCCUGCAUUGGUGUCUGGCUUCCUGCAGAGAUCUUAAGUUGUUUAGGUGUUUAGGUGCUUGUGUGCCAUGGCAAUGACCAUCACGUGAAAAUGUUGCUGGAAYCAAGCAGCUGUCUCUUUCCAUAUCAGGCUCUCUAUUCACAUGAGUCUUGGCAGUCCCAAGGAUAAUGUUUGAGAAGUUGAGCAUCUGCAAAGCAAUAAGCUAAAAUGUGGGGCUUUCUCAUCAAAAGAAAUUAAAAGAAGUUAACUUUGUCCUAAUCUGGGUUAAUUCCUCUUCCUAAAGAACUUUUCUUCAUAAAAAUUUAAACUUUUAACAGCUUCCAGGAGAAAGGAGAACAAGUUACCAGCAGCUAGUUCUUYCUCUGGAAAGAAGCUCUGAGGUCUGUGUUGGCUUUUGGUUUUCUUCCCCCAACUGUUAUAUGCAUGACCUCCAAGCAGGUGUAUUCCUAAGUAUGUAUCACAGUGAAAUCUGUUGCCAGAAAUAACUUGCUUGUUAGAGAGCACUGGGAAUCAAAGUGUCUUCUAAGUGUCCUUUAUCCUGUAUGGUGUAAUCACAUCAGUGACUUCACACCACAAAUGAAACAUAAUUCCCAGACCUUCUCUCGAGUCUUCUGACUUCAAGCCUUGGAUCCUGAUCCCUUGCACAGAAUUAUGCCAGUGAACCUAAUGAAAUUCUUCAGGUAUGCAAGAUCUGUAUCUGAUUUUUCUCUUGAGAGCAGAACUAGGAGUCCAAGAUAUUAUAUGGAAAGCUUAACCUCAGAGGCGCUGCACAUGCACAGUUCAGAUGGGGAAAAUGGAACAGAUGAAAAAAGAAAGGCUGGAAAAUCACCCAUUGUGUUGCURCAGACCCCUUCCACUGAAAUGGAGUAUUUUGAUGACCGGAAAAAAGUUGACGUCGCUAGGACCAAGAGCAGCACAGAUAGUCCAGUUUUGACAAUCAAGAGUGACCUCAAGAUUGAAAGGAAAAAACGUGCCUCAAAUCAGCUGAAGGCAAAUGCACAUUUUCAUAAGCUGUUUCUAGAUGUUCCCAUUGAUGAGCCACUGAAACAAAGCUUUACCUGUGCUCUGCAGAAAGAAAUUCUAUACCAAGGAAAGUUAUUCCUUUCUGAAAAUUGGAUUUGCUUCCAUUCCAAGGUUUUUGGUAAAGACACUAAGAUUAGUAUACCUGUGCUGUCUGUGACACUUCUGAAGAAAACCAAAACUGCCCUUCUUGUGCCAAAUGCUCUGAUCAUAGCGACAGUGACAGAUAGGUACAUGUUUGUCUCAUUACUCUCCAGAGAUACAACCUACAAGCUCUUAAAAUCUAUYUGUAGACAUCUUGAGGAUACAAGCAUGGGCAACAGUCCRAAUCCCUCUUCGGCAGAGAACAGCUUCAGGGUUGAUCGCCCUAGAACUCUGCCCCUGGAUUUCAAUGAAGAUUACUCUGAUCUGGAUGGAAUAGUGCAGCAGCGAAGACAAGAGAUGGAAGAGUCCAGCAGCACAGGCUCACAGACACCAGAGCUGGAAUGCUUCCAGGAUUAUCAUGUUGUUGAAACASAGACUCACUUGAAAGUGUCCAAGCCUGAGGCCAAGUCUGUUCGUUCAGAUGUACAUAGUAAACAUGGGCCUGAUGGAAAAGCCCGAAACAGUCUUCGAAAUGGCCAUUCUGAAGCUUUCAGGUUCCUCCACAAAGUGAAGUCCCAGAAGCUCUUAUCUCUGAACCACGUACUUGUAUUUUAUGCAGUUCUCGUUUGUGUAUUAAUACUUUCUACCUUCUACAUGAGAUAUAAAAUCAGUGUUCUGGAAGAACGCCUUAUGUCCAUCACUGCCUUUGAUUCACAUAUUAAGGAACAGCAACUGCAUCAAGAUUUGGGAUCUCAUCUGCAAAUUAAUGCUGAUGCCCUUUGUGAUGAAUUAACUGCUAAUCUUAGAAAACUGGAAAAGAUACAGAACAACUUACAGAAACUACUGGAAGAUGGUGAAUGAAACAUCAAUGUUCUUGGACUGCUUCAGACCUCUUUCUUCCGUUUUGACAAACCGUUCCAAAGGAGCUCUGCUGGCCAGAGUUCAAGCUUCCUUAUGUUCAGUCCAAGCCAAGCUUAAACUACUGUAAAGCUCAUGUCAUCAUGUARAAAAGUCAGUUUAUUCUUCAACAUUUAUCUAUAUGUUUUGAAAACAUACGUGGUUUGAGCUACAUGUAUAUGUUUUAAAAAUGUGGGGAUUUUUCUUUCUCUAUUGUGUGUGAAUUAAUGGAUUUUGUAGCUUGCUUGAUUCUAGAUUUGCUUACACCAGUGCAAACCUGGUGCAUAUCUUUUACCUCAACAUUUACUUUUUGCCUAUUGUCAUACAAAUGUAAAUGUGAAGAAUGUCAGUCAUGAUUCAUGUACUGAAAUGUUGUGUGAAUAAGCAGGUAUCUGUUUUAGCUAUGGAUAUGGAUUGGUGCUGUGCUUUUCAUUUUUAUUUACUUCUCUGCACCCUGACAUCCCAAAGAUGAAAAAAACAGACACCUCUGUAUUUGGGUGUGCAAAGUCAUGAAUGUUUGAGUGUUUACAGCACUGUUGUCCAGUGCAGUAGAAAGGCUCAAUUCCACUUUCUGUGACAUUGUAUCACCACUUAUGGUGAGGUCUGUUUCUGCUGGGCAUUCAGGUUCCAUUGAAGUCAAGCUUGAAAUCUGUAUGAACUUGCCAACUUGCAAUCAAGUUGCCUAUGAAUAGCAAUAUGGGUGUGACCCACCUGCACAAUUUAGAAAAACUGCUCUUUUUCUGUCCACUGGUAAGGUCUCUGUGCUUGAAAUUAAUCAGUGUGAAGACCCUCAGUCAGCUUUCUUUGGAGUUGCAUGGGGUUUUGGUUGGCUGAGCAAGUGCAAUUUGUAGUCCAGUUAAUGAAAAUCUAGUCUUGGUGUGUGACUCCAGGGGUUGGAUAUUUCCACUUAAUAAGAACUGGCAAAUUAAUGGUGCAGCAAUCCAAACAAUCAGUAGAGUGAAUGAAAAAGUGGACACCUGCUUUG